GCGCGCCCGGGCGCCCACUGGCCGGCGCCGGGCCGGGAGAGAUGACAUCGACGGGGAAGGACGGCGGCGGGGCGCAGCACGCGCAGUAUGUGGGGCCCUACCGGCUGGAGAAGACACUGGGGAAGGGGCAGACAGGCCUCGUGAAGCUGGGGAUCCACUGUGUUACAUGCCAGAAAGUCGCCAUCAAGAUUGUGAACCGUGAGAAGCUCAGCGAGUCUGUGCUAAUGAAGGUGGAGCGGGAGAUCGCCAUCCUGAAGCUCAUAGAGCACCCACAUGUUCUGAAGCUGCACGACGUUUAUGAAAACAAAAAAUAUUUGUACCUGGUGCUAGAACAUGUGUCUGGAGGGGAGCUCUUUGACUACCUGGUGAAGAAGGGCCGGCUGACCCCCAAAGAGGCCAGAAAGUUCUUCCGGCAGAUCAUUUCAGCACUGGACUUCUGCCACAGCCACUCCAUAUGCCACAGGGAUUUGAAGCCUGAGAACCUUCUGCUGGACGAGAAGAACAACAUCCGGGUUGCAGACUUCGGCAUGGCGUCCCUGCAGGUGGGCGACAGCCUGCUGGAGACUAGCUGCGGGUCCCCCCACUAUGCCUGCCCGGAGGUGAUCCGAGGGGAGAAGUACGACGGCCGCAAGGCAGAUGUGUGGAGCUGCGGUGUGAUCCUGUUUGCCUUGCUGGUGGGAGCGCUGCCCUUUGACGACGACAACCUUCGGCAGCUACUGGAGAAGGUCAAGCGGGGUGUGUUCCACAUGCCACACUUCAUCCCGCCCGACUGCCAGAGCCUGCUGCGGGGCAUGAUUGAGGUGGACGCUGCACGGCGCCUCACGCUAGAGCACAUUCAGAAACACAUAUGGUAUAUAGGAGGCAAGAACGAGCCGGAGCCUGAGCAGCCUGUGCCCCGCAAGGUGCAGAUCCGCUCCCUGCCCAGCCUGGAUGACAUCGACCCAGAUGUGCUGGACAGCAUGCACUCGCUGGGCUGCUUCCGGGACCGCAACAAGCUGCUGCAGGACCUGCUGUCCGAGGAGGAGAACCAGGAGAAGAUGAUUUACUUCCUCCUCCUGGACCGAAAGGAGAGGUACCCGAGCCAGGAGGACGAAGACCUGCCCCCCCGGAACGAGAUAGACCCUCCCCGGAAGCGUGUGGACUCACCGAUGCUGAACCGCCAUGGCAAGCGGCGGCCAGAGCGUAAAUCCAUGGAGGUGCUCAGUGUGACAGACGGUGGCUCCCCAGUGCCUGCACGGAGAGCCAUCGAGAUGGCCCAGCACAGCCAGAGGUCUCGAUCCAUCAGUGGAGCCUCCUCAGGCCUGUCCACAAGCCCACUCAGCAGCCCCCGGGUGACCCCUCACCCCUCACCAAGGGGCAGUCCCCUCCCUACCCCUAAGGGGACGCCUGUCCACACGCCAAAGGAGAGCCCAGCUGGUACACCCAACCCCACACCGCCGUCCAGCCCCAGUGUUGGAGGAGUGCCCUGGAGGACGCGGCUCAACUCUAUUAAGAACAGCUUCCUGGGGUCACCCCGUUUCCACCGCCGGAAACUGCAGGUCCCAACACCGGAGGAGAUGUCCAAUCUGACCCCGGAGUCGUCCCCAGAGCUGGCCAAGAAGUCCUGGUUUGGCAACUUCAUCACGCUGGAGAAGGAGGAGCAGAUCUUUGUGGUCAUCAAAGACAAGCCUCUCAGCUCCAUCAAGGCUGACAUCGUGCAUGCCUUCCUGUCGAUCCCCAGCCUUGGUCACAGUGUCAUCUCCCAGACAAGCUUCCGGGCUGAAUACAAGGCAACUGGAGGCCCGGCCGUGUUCCAGAAGCCUGUAAAGUUCCAGGUGGACAUUACCUACACAGAGGGUGGGGAGGCCCAGAAGGAGAAUGGCAUCUACUCCGUCACCUUCACUCUUCUUUCAGGCCCAAGCCGCCGCUUCAAGAGGGUGGUGGAGACCAUCCAGGCCCAGCUGCUGAGCACACAUGACCAGCCGGCGGCCCAGCACCUGGCAGACACCACUAACUGUAUGGAAAUGAUGACGGGGCGGCUUUCCAAAUGUGGCAGCCCAUUGAGUAACUUCUUUGACGUAAUUAAACAACUUUUUUCAGACGAGAAGAAUGGGCAGGCGGCCCAGGCCCCCAGCACGCCCGCCAAGCGGAGCGCCCACGGCCCACUCGGCGACUCCGCGGCCGCUGGCCCUGGCCCUGGAGGGGACGCCGAGUACCCGGCGGCGGGCAAGGACACGGCCAAGAUGGGGCCGCCCACCACCCGCCGCGAGCAGCCUUAGACACACUAGCCCCUUCCCCAGCACAGCACUGACAGCGGCCGCCU